CCACCGACCAGCAGGUGGCAGUAAGUUCUGCAUCCAGUCCGUUAUGAACCGAGAGAAGAAUAGCAGCAAAUAGUGGUACCUGCUUGAGCUUUGAAUGAACUGGAUCUUAUGCCACCUGAUUCAUUCUUUUGUGUAUUGACAGUGGACUGAUUUCAUACGUCUGCUGUUGUUGAUGCUGGUGUAGCGUUGCCAAGUAUGUCUUUGUCAGUGAUCAUCAAGUGGGGCGGACAGGAGUACUCCAUUAACACUCUGUCUGAAGAGGACACGGUGUUAGAUCUGAAACAGUCCAUUAAAUCUCUCACAGGAGUUCUCCCGGAACGACAGAAGCUCUUGGGGCUGAAAGUGAAAGGUAAACCAGCAGAUGAUGAUGUCAAGCUGGGUGACUUGAAGUUAAAGCCCAAUACCAAGAUUAUGAUGAUGGGCACCAGAGAGGAAAGUCUGGAAGAUGUCUUGGCCCCUCCUCCGGAAAAUGAUGAUGUGGUCAAUGACUUCGACAUAGAAGAGGAAGUAACCGAGGUUGAAAACAGAGAGGAGAAUUUGGCUAAGAUAGCUCGUCGAGUGAAAGAUUACAAAGUUGAGGAAUUGAAUCCUCCAAGACCAGGAAAAAGAUUACUUGUGCUAGAUGUUGACUAUACGCUUUUUGAUCAUAAGUCAUGUGCAGAGACAGGCCAAGAGUUGAUGAGACCGUACUUGCACGAGUUUCUUACGUCGGCGUAUGAAGACUAUGAUAUUGUUAUCUGGUCUGCAACAAGUAUGAAGUGGAUUGAUGCUAAAAUGAAAGAGCUUGGAGUGACAGACAAUCCGAACUACAAGAUCACCUUCAUGCUGGACAGUUCAGCCAUGAUCACUGUGCACACGCCCAAACGAGGAGUCGUAGAGGUCAAGCCUUUGGGAGUAAUAUGGGGUAAAUAUGGCGAGUUCUACAACAGGAAGAAUACAAUCAUGUUUGAUGAUAUCGGCAGAAACUUCCUCAUGAAUCCACAUAACGGACUGAAGAUUAGACCUUUCAUGAAGGCUCACAUGAACCGUGAGAAAGACAAAGAGCUCUAUAAGCUGUCACUCUACCUGAAGGAAAUCGCUAAACUGGACGACUUCUCGGGUCUCAACCACAAGCACUGGGAAAGGUACCUGUCAAAGAAACAGAAUCAAUGACACCGUCUACAUUGAGGAGAAGCCAUGAUCAUUCAUUGAGAAACGGCUUGGUGCCAGAAGCCCCACCGAACAGACCGAUCUGCUUAUUGUUCUCUGUAUCUUGCAUUGCCCAUCAUAUCUCUCUUUAUAGUUGCUCUUUGCUGGAGAUUCCAGCACUUCGACUCAAAAUCAAAGGCAUUCAACAAACAACAGCAUUUACAGCAAGCGUGAUGGUCCUCGAUACCUCAAUUCCGGCCUGCAACACACAUUUUAUCCUCUGAUUUAUGUCAUGCCAUGUUUAGAUGUUAAUAUGAAAAGCCUCACCUUGUUAAUAUCUGAUCGAAAAAGAAUAUGAUGCACAUAUAAAUCUAGAACGGAUGUAUAGUGUAAAAUAGUUGCACUCUUUCAUCAGUUGUACUAUUUGGUUUACAGUAUAUGUGUGGAAGUAUGUAUUUUUUGUUUAGAUGCAUAAACCAUAACUGGUUUGAAUGGUACUCCAAAGGGAAAGGUCAAAUUGAAUCUGUUUCUGUGUGACUGGUCCAACUGGUCCCCAUAGAAGCAAUAUUUCAGGACUGGCUGCAUGAAUCUGAAUGGAAUUUCCGAAGAGAUUCCGUUCAUGUAAGCAGCAAACGUGGUUGGGAAAGCACAGCUUUAUCAUCAGAGUGAAUAAUGAUGGACAGUUGUCAUAUUUACAUGCAUGUUUUUUUAUAUGAGUAUGUAACGGAUGUAGUGUGUACUGCGUGCAUUCGCUAAAACUGUCCUGACAUUAAAUGAGUCGAUAAGAUUUGUCAAACAGUAUGUAGCAAGUUCUCGUGAUAUACCCCAUAACUUACCUUAGAACAUUGAUUCAUUGAUUUAGAAGUGUGAGUUCAGUUACAUUAUCAAGGUUUUCAGUCGUGACCAGUAUUGCAUUUUGCAUAACUACAUUUCAUCCGGUAGUCAAAUGUUUAUGUAUGUCAUCUAAAUGUAAAUUAAACUAAGUUGGUUUUACAAUAGUUUUGUGU